AUGGCGGACACGAAGUCUUCAAGAGGCCUCACUGCGACUGGUGUAGGGACCGUAGAUUGUGCUCGCCACGAGAUGAAGCUUGCAAGUGGAGUAGGCAAUCUCCAAAAGGGGGAGAAAUACAUAAAUAUGGAUUAUCUCGUAUUUUCUGUCAUCGUUGGCAGUGGCGCAGCUGUCCUUAAUUUGUCUUAUGAUAUAGCCUGCCAAUGGCACAAAAAGUUAUGGGCAUGCUUGGCCUCAAUGCCUGAUAGGCUACAGUUCGACUGCAAGAACAAGACAGUGCGAUUUUUCGUGCCGAAGUUCCACAUCAACGCACACAUCCCCGCCUGCCAGACAAACUUUUCGUUCAAUUACUCUAAGGGUGUCGGUCACACAGAUGGAGAGGCACCAGAGAGAGGUUGGGCGAAUGUGAACAGGGUGGCUACCAGCACUAAGGAGAUGGGUCAUGUUCUACUACGUGAACUGAAGGAAUCUGUGAGGAGUGCCAAGAUUCACGGUGACGAGCUAGCAGAGCUGCAGAGCAUGAUAGAUGAUGUGUCCCUGAAUGCAUGGAAAUCUGAAGUUGAGGCUUGGGAAGAUGAUAGUUCGCAGCCCAACCCAUUUGAGAGCCGCAUAGCACCAAUGACACAAACAACCGUUCGACUUCAACUGGCCGAGAACGAGGCUCACGACUUACAAGCUGGCAUAAAUGUAUCUCUACAUGAUGAGGUAUCACCGUCCAUACUUAUUUCUACUGGCUUAGAUCUAGAAGACCAACACAUGUUAGACGUUGCAGAUAUGAGAAAAACAGCAAGCAAGCUCAAAUACGACAUGGCUCAUGCUGCGCUGAUUAUUCUCAGUCCAAUUCUGGGUAAGAUCGCCUGGGAGGGGAAAUUGCGGGUUCUGCAUGUUGCGGACCUGCGUACAUUAGGUGAUAUCGGACCUGGUCAGUCGGAGGGCACGAGAGACAUAUCGUGGAUCUGGAAGGCGCCAGGUGCCUUGGAUAAUGACGACGCAGGCCUGCAAGAUUGUCUACGGAUUAAAUGGUGCAAAGCACGUGCAUGCAAAGGACGGUGGUCCGAAGAAGUAUUACUGCUCCUCGAGGAAAUGCGAAGGGUCAUUGAGUUUUUUAAGUGGCAGGCAAAAUGGUGGAAAGAUCGUGGAACCACAGUCGUCUUUGCGAAACCUGCUCAUCAGGAAGGGGGUCUUGCAUAUGCAGCAUGGCAAGCUCAUAUACGGCUCACAAUGGUUAAGCACGUUCAAGAGCUUUGGGUAGCUGUUCCCUCAAUUGUACAGUCUCAGCUCCUUCCAGACGACGAAGAUGACACUGCAGAGACGGCUGAUGUAUUACUGACCAUAGAGGGCCCACCUGCAGACAACGAAGAGGGCUCACCUGCAGAUGACAAAGAUGACACUGACGUCUGA